AUGGCCUCGCCACGCCCUACGCCGGAACAGCUCGUUCAAAAAUUCGGCAGACUUAAUGUGCUCGAUGAUUUAAUCCGUUCGCGGGCGGCCGACGUGGUCCAGGAACCGAUCCUGGCUUAUCCGAAGUCGCCGCAUCAUGCGGGAUCCUAUGAAUAUUAUACAGGGCAGGAUCUGGACGGGUUGAUUGACAAAGCCGUGCACACACUGGUUUCUGGCGACAGCUUUUGGAAGCCCCAAACCCGAAAGUCCACUAUUGCGUUGUUGACGUUAUCGGAUAUCAACAUGGUAGUAACGUUCUUUGCCCUCAGCCGCCUCGGCUUCACAGUUAUGAUGCUCUCACCGCGACUUUCAGGCGACGCCUGCGCGACAUUACUCGAGACAGUGGGAUGCGACACAGUGAUUUACGGCGACACGCCCGGCAUCCGGGCCACAUUAGGCGACAUCCUCCGCCACAAGCUGGUCAGCUGCGUGCCAAUGAUCUCCAAGACAUCGCUCGACAACAUGAAAGAGACCGAGAUCCUGGUUGUGCGCCGAAACCAAAGCGCGCACGACCGCCAGAACCAGAUUGCCCUGAUCCUGCACUCGUCGGGGUCUACCGGGAAUCCUAAACCGCUGUUCCUCAGCCACAAAGCAAUAAUGACCCAUCCGCUUCGCGGGCCGGGCUUUACCUCGUUUAAUCCGCUGCCGUGGUAUCAUCUCCACGGUCUCUCUACGGCAUUCCAGGCGAUGUGGAUGCGCCGGACGGCGUUUAUGUGGAAUGCUGCUCUGCCACUCACGGCUGACUCUGUUGUUGCUGCGCUGGAAGAUGCGCUGCCCGAGUCGGUAGUUACCGUGCCUUAUAUGCUCCAGCUGCUGGCUAACAGCCCGCGUGGGCUGGCGCUGCUGCGCCAAUGCAAGCUUGUAGCAUAUGGAGGAGCGCCGUGUCCGGAUGAGUUGGGCGAUCUGCUUGUUGAACAAGGCAUCCACUUUGGUAGCAUGCUCGGGCUAACUGAAGCCGGGCUGGUCGCAGAGUCGACCUCGCGUCCACGCGAAGAUAAAUUCUGGAACUAUGUGCAAUUCUUCGAGAACAUCCGGCCCUACGUGUGGAUGAAGCCCAUCAGCGACUCACUGUACGAAUGUGUUUAUCUGGCUGGCCACCCGGCAUUAACCGCCUCCAACUCCGAUGACCCGCCGGGCUCGUUCCAUUCGAAGGAUGUUUUCGCUCCGCACCCAAUCCUGCCGCAUCGCUGGAAAUAUGUCACUCGAUUAGACGACCGGAUCAACUUGGUAAACGGCGAGAAGGUCCUGCCUCUUCCUAUCGAGGGGCAUAUCAAGCAGCACCCGUUAAUCCAUGAAGCCGUUGUUGUGGGCGUUGGCAAAGCGGCGCCGGGACUUUUGGUCUUCCGCAACGAAAAGGCCGCGCAUAUUCCGGACGGCGAGUAUCUCGAGGCGAUCUGGCCGAUUAUCAGUGAAGCCAAUGCGACGGCUGAGCAGUUCUCGCAAAUCUCAAGGGAUAUGGUUUCCCUCUUGCCUAUCACCUCGGUUUGUCCGCGAACAGACAAGGGGUCGAUGAUUCGCGCUCAGGUGAACUUGAAGUAUGCAGAUGUCAUUGAUAACAUCUACGCCAAGGUCGAGAAAGUCGCAGAGGGCAGCCUUGCGCUUGGAAUUAAUGAGACGGUGUCUGUUCUUUUGGACCUUUGCCGCAGUGAGCUAGGAAUUCCCAUUUCUAGUGCCGAGUCCAGCUUCUUCGCGGAGGGUGUCGACAGUCUCAAAGCAAUUCACUUGCGACGACUGGUCCUCCGGACAUUCAAGCUUGAUGGCAGCACCGAAGUCAGCCAGAACAUCGUGUUUGACAUGGGCAACAUUGCCGAGCUGGCGAAGUAUAUCUGCGCAGUGCAGAAUGGAGAGACCAUCGCAGUCAAGAGCGACGAGUCGGUGAUGACGGACCUGAUUGAGAAAUACUCGGUCUUCCACCAGCAUGUUCCGCAGGCAGAGCCAUUGCCAAAGGCAAAGAGCGUCAUUCUGACCGGCGCAACGGGUUCAAUCGGUGUCCACACGCUUUUCGAAUUACUCAACGACGAAACCAUCUCAACGGUGUUCUGUCUGACCCGCCGCGCUUCACCGUUGGAAGGGGUGCUGCAGAGUCUCAUCGACAGACGUCUUUCAAUCACCCCCGCGCAAGCCGACAAGAUCGUCGCAUUAAACAGUCCGCUCGACCAGCCAGACCUCGGACUUCCAGAAGAGAUCAUCCACCAGAUGCAAGACAGCGUCACUCAAAUCAUCCACACGGCCUGGCCGGUAAACUUCAACCUACCACUCUCCCAAUACGAGCCGCACAUCCGAGGCUUGUACAACCUAAUCCAGCUCUCUCUCUCCGUCCGCCAGCCCGAUCCCGCCGUCGUCAUGUUCUGCUCGUCGAUCUCCACCGCAUUGAACCACUCAUCCAACACCGUGUUGGAAGAGCCGCUUGACAGCUUCAGCAGCGCGCUUGAUAUGGGCUAUGGCCAGUCCAAGCUUAUCGGGGAGCGGAUUGUCAGCAAUGCGCGCCGCGCCGGUGCGCGAUCGUAUUCGCUGCGUAUUGGACAGGUCUCUGGGCAUUCCAAGAAGGGGCUGUGGAAUGACUCGGAGGCCAUGCCGCUUAUGAUCCGGUCGGCGUUGACGCUCAAGGCUCUACCACAGUUGGAUACUACUUGCUCGUGGUUGCCGGUUGAUAAGUUGGCUGCGACGAUUCUUGAGUUGGCUAAGGCUUGUUCUGUGCCGAGUGAUGAGUUCAGGUGUGAUGUCUCCGCUCGGACAAAUGGUCACUCUGUUGCACCGGUCAAUGGUGUCCAGAAUGAGGUGAACGGGUCUACUCACGAGGUUCAUGGGGCUGCCAAUGGCAUCCACGAUGUCCCUAACGGUGUCAAUGGGGCCACACAUGAGACCAAUGGAAUUGCCCACGAGGUAAAUGGGCCCUCGAACGGUGUCAACGGGCACAGCAAUGGAAUCAAUGGAUUCUCCAGCUCCAUCAACUGGAUCGCCAACGGUUUCAAGGAGACUGCCAAUGGUAUCAACGGGUCCACCCAUGAGACCAAUGGAGCCAACGACGUGGAUGGGACUUCCUACGGUCUUAAUGGAACCACCAAUGGUAUCAACGGAGUCAACGGACACUCAGAUGAAGCAGCACCCAACAGCACGACUAGUCCUACUACAGACGACACAAUAUACAACGUCUGCAACUCGCGCGAAUUCACCUGGUCCGCCCUCUUGUCCAGUCUCCAAAGUAACGGCUUUCAAUUUGAAACCGUGCCCUUUGAAGAGUGGCUCCAGAAAUUGCGCGAAAGUGAAGCCCGCGGCGAGGAGCACAAGAACCCGGCUAUCAAGCUGAUCGACCACUACGAGUCCGUGCACGGCCAGAAGAAUACAUCUCAAGCUCAUGAAUCUGCAAAACACGCGCAGAAGACUUUCGUCACUGAAAAGGCUGAGCGGGAUAGUGUGACGCUGCGGAAUGACCGGCUGCGCAUUAUUGAGGAUGGCAUUCUGAAUUGCUAUGCGCGAGAUUGGUUGACGCGGUGGGUUGUUGAUUGA